GCAAAGGAGGGAAACACUUGCUUGUGAUGUUCUCCACCUCGCGGUCGUCGUUGCGGUAUCGGCUGUUCCACCCGGUGCGGCAAAACAUCCCUUUUCACUUCAACCCGGUGCAGUCCAUUUUCCCACUCAUUUACGAGAACAACCUUCUCGCCAAGCCGCGCAACAGCUGGAAGGAUUACCAGGGCCGGAAGGAGUUCGACCAAGACCACCCGCUGCCCGUCGUCGGCACCCGUCUCAAUGAGCGCACAACCACGCACAAGUGGUCGCACUGGGAUCAGUACCUUAACCCACAGGUCACGCAGAGCUGGAUGGACCUCACGGUGACGCCCGAGUACGUCGGUCCCCGCAGCGGCCACAACGUCAUCAAGAUGGGCUGGAUGAAAAUAGGUGGAAGCUGGAAGUACUCACGCAGCUACAACGAUGCGCGCCGUGGGUUUGCGAAGGGCCAGUGGCAGGAGCGAAAGAUGACGCCGCGCUUCAUGCUGGCGCCGCGUGUCUCGGCCGGGGGCCCACGUAAUCGCUACGAGGGAAAGGCGACCUUCUCACGCUUGAAUUUGGCAAAGCUGCUGUGGGCUGUCGACAGUGGCCGUCUUAAUCCCAACGAGACCAUCACCCUCUACCACCUACGCAACGCCAAGGUGAUCGCCGAUCGUGAGAUUUUGUGGCCCGGCAUGGUGCUGCUAUCAGGCAACGUGGAGCGGGUGCCCUACCCGCUGCACAUCGAGCUGCAAAAUGCAUCUGCACGGGCGAUUCAGCUAAUCGAGGAAGCGGGCGGCACCUUCACGAAUGUGUACAUGUCACACGAGGGGCUCUAUCAAGAGCUGCACCCCGAGCAGUUUCCGACCUUCAUGGAGCAAGAGCUGCCGGAGCGCAAAGGGCUGGAGAACUUCGCCACAAAUCCGCGUAAGCGCGGCUGGCUGGCGCAGUGGUACGAGGAGGAAAGCAAAUACGCUCACCCGGAUGCUGGGCGGCGCCACGCGCACUACGUCCGCCCACCCACCGACCGCGACUUCCCCGCCACUAUCGAGGAGUACGAGUUAGCGAAGCACCACCAGAAGUGGCAUCUGAACCAGCCGGGCAGCGCGACGGUGUUGCCCUGGCACUCCCUCAACACGGCGGAUAUGGCUCGCCGGUCUACCGGGCGGUUGUAG